AUGCCAAGCUCGCCCAAAUCAUCGUCGACAACAACAGCAAAAACUCCAGAGUAUACCAUUGACCUUGAACAGCUGUGCCGCGAUGGAGACAAGGACGUUACCGGCACAAAUCAAAACACGAACUUGGAUUCCGGCAGACCUCCUCGCCAGUCCGCGGCAUCCGCUGGCGGCCGAGAAACAAGUCUCAACACGGACAGCCACACACAAGCAGAGUGUAAUCAUCCUUGGGCUGAGAGCUGGUAUCUAUCAUAUGUGUUGCAUACCACGAAUAAUGACCAUCCCAGCGUGCAUCGCUCCUUGACUGCAAACAGCCCCGAAUCUUGUUCAUUCGAUCGCCAUCAGAGCAAAGCACGCGCAGCGACGCUACUAGGCUCAACGCAGUCCUUGCCUGCACCUCAACUGGUCGACGCCAUGAUCAAAGAAUUUUUCACAAACUUUCAGGUCUUUUGUCCCCUGUUGGAAGAAGAGCAGAUCAGAUCAGAUCUUCGCAAGGGUUCCUUGUCGACGACUUUACUUCGCUGUAUCCUUUUCGUAGCCUCGAUCCACUGUGAAAUGACGCUCCUCAGGGAUCUGGGCUACAAUGAUCGUAUUGAGGCCGAGGGCAGUCUAUUUGAGAAUGCAAAAGCCGCCUUUGACUCCGAUGUCGAGAGUGACAGCUUGACCCUGUUAUACUGUUCGUACCUCCUGCAUUACUGGUCGGGAAGGCCACGGACUUUCAAAGACAGCCUGUGGUGGUUAGCAGGUGCAAUCAGAUGCGCCCAGUCGCUUGGAAUGCAUCGAACCUUGGAAAGGGCCAAAGUAUCGCCCCUCCAGAGGCGUCUGUGGAGGAAGAUUUGGUGGUUGCUUUACAUUCGUGAUCGGCAAAUUUCGAUUUCGCUAGGAAAACCCUUUCUCAUCAACGAUAAUGAUUGUGAUGUGGAGCCAUUGCAGGGAGACGAAUUACCGGACAGGUUAUCAGAAAGUCGGGCUUAUAUUCAGGAGCAGAUGAAACUCUCUAUCGCCGCUUCAAGUGUCUUUACGUUAUUUUCUCCCCUCCCGCUGUGCCGCGUUUCGAGGGAUAUAUACAGCGUUCAUGACAUUGCUCGAUCAGUCUGCGCCAAUUUCCGGAAUUUCGAUGAUCAAAUAAACGUCUUAAUGGCGGAGCAAUCAGCACGAAAGAAAUCAUUGGGUAUACUUCUCCACAUGACUGUCAAUUACUACAAGAUUUUAGCCUACCGUAUCCUUGAGCGAAACGUUCAAGCAUUUGCUAAUGAAAUCCCGAUCGAUGUCAGUCACUUUACAAAGGAUAUUCUUCGGGCAGCAGAGACGAUAACUUCGCUUUUUGAGGAAAUGCUCAUCAGCUUCAAAGCACGACACUUUCCCAUGAUUUGUGUCUCGGCCGUUUUUGCUGCCAUGACGGUCCAAUUGAUCUAUUCAAGACGAUCGAAUCUGCGAGAAUCGCAGCAUCUCCUGGACCAGCAGUUAAGAUUCAAUCUACUCGGGCUGAAGGAGUUCGAAGAGACCUAUAGGCUUGCCCAUUGGAUCCGAGAACUAUUUCUUCGUGCACGAGAGAAAGUGAGGACCGAAUCGUCCUCAGCUGGAACUUUCGCAGAGCCCAAGAUUUUGGUUUCCGGUGGCAGCCCAAUACAGACGCCUUCCACUCAUGUACAACCCCAGCUGGUAAUCGAGACGAUGAUUCCUUCUUCAGGAACCAGAUUCAGCAACAGUCCGAACUCCUACGAUCCCACUGUCGACAAUUCGCAAGAUUUCACGGUUCCGCAACUGGGAAACCAUGUCGGGAACACCACUUUAUCCGGGCCAGGAGCCUUGCAUAUUCCAUCGUAUGACCAACCAGAGCUAGAGCUUGAUUUCUUUCCGAAUGGGAACCCUGAGCUGUUCCAAUAUCAGACUCUUCAAGUCUUUGCUGACGAAUUCUCCUCGGACAUCUUCAUGGACCCUCGAUACACUGAUUCCUUUGCUAGCUACUAG